AUUUUAGUCUAUUCUCUGCUUCACCCCAUACUACCAAGUAGCCGUCGUCCUCAUAGGAGACUUCGAUCCAAGCUCCUUUACCGCUCGGCGCUCGGCGCUCGGCCCCGCAAAGCUGGGUCAGGGUUGACCACCCUGACUCAAAAGAGACUGGAAGCAAUAUCACUGCAUCUCAUGUUACUUCCUGUCAUUAGAAGCUAUCUGAUCACACAUGACUGCGGCGGCAAACAUAUCAUAUAUCACGAAACGUGUUGCAGCUCAUCCAAUAUGAGCCACACAUUCAUCAACAAGUCGGCGAAGGGGGUUGUUGUCGACGGCCCGAGUUCCUCCGCGGCGUCGCAAGUACUUGCGUUCCACCAGAACUUGCCUCACUACGAGCAGACACCACUACAUUCACUCCCACAGGUUGCUAAGGAGCUACAGCUCGGCCAUGUCUUUGUCAAAGACGAGUCCAACCGCUUUGGACUGCCGUCUUUCAAGGUUCUGGGCGCAUCAUGGGCGGUAUACCGGGCCCUCACAGACAGGCUACGGCUAGAACCGGCGGCCUUCAUGGAAGACAACCGUGGAAGCCAGUUCUGGGCGCGCCUGGGAAGCAUGGCGAGGGCUGAGGAGCUGAGCCUGGUGAGCUGCACCGAAGGGAACUGGGGUAGGGCGGUCGCUCGAAUGGCAAAGUAUAUCGGGGUACCUGCGGCGAUCUAUGUUCCAAGCUUCAUGCCUGAGACGACCAGGGCGCGGAUAAGGUCAGAGGGCGCUGAGCUGUUGGUUGUGGAUGGUAGCUACGAUGAUGGUGUUGCUGCAGCUCGGGCGGAAGCAGAGAGGAAUGACCUCGCAAUCUUGGCUAUGGAUAUGGGCUGGGAAGGAUACACAGCAUUUCCUAGUUGGGUCGUGGAAGGGUACAGCACCAUGCUCAACGAAUCCGACCUACAGAUUAAAGAAGCCACCGUCGGGAAAGCGGCCACGCACGCUUUCAUCCCCGUGGGCGUGGGGUCCAUCGCCCACGCAGUCACUCAACACUACAAGGCGUUUCCUAAUGGCCACUCAUCCCGAGCCUCCGUCAUGACAGUCGAGCCCACGACAGCCGCAUGCCUGAGGGCGUCGCUGGAGUCAGGCGAGAUGACCACGGUAGAGACCGGGGACUCUAUCAUGUGUGGUAUGAACUGCGGCACACUAUCAUCCACGGCCUGGCAAACACUCAAGUCCGGGGUUGACGCUGAUGUCACCGUCACGGAGGAGGAGGCGCACGCAGCUGUGGGUGAACUGUCGAGCAUGGGCUUACAGCCCGGCCCGUGUGGCGCUGCUACUUUAUCGGCGCUACGGACAGCCUGUAUUCAGGCACAAGACGCACUGGGCCUUACUCAGGAUGCAAUUGUGGUUCUUUUUUGUACGGAAGGCAAGCGUGAAUAUGAAAUACCCGCAUGAUCGCUGACGAGCCAUCUCCCUUAGAAUACACUGACAAAGACACAAUGAUAGCUGUCACUGCACAAUAA